AUGAGUGACACUAUGUCUGGACCUCUUGAACGACCCAUUAGGCCCAGUCUUGAAAGGGUUGACAUUGAAAAUUCUGAAGACGACAGGAAGACAAGGCUUGGAUCUCUCAAGAAGAAGGCAAUUAAUGCCUCUACCAAGUUUAGGCAUUCCUUGACAAAAAAGGGCAGGAGAAACAGCAGAGUCAUGUCUGUUGUGUUUGAGGAUGAGCGUGAUGCUGAGGAAGUACAGGCAGUUGAUGCAUUACGUCAAGCCCUCAUAUUGGAAGAAUUACUACCUGCAAAACACGAUGAUUAUCACAUGAUGCUAAGAUUUUUGAAGGCCAGGAAGUUUGACAUUGAGAAAACAAAGCAAAUGUGGGCUGAUAUGCUCAACUGGAGGAAGGAAUUUGGUGCAGACACAAUCAUGGAGGAUUUUGAGUUCAAGGAAAAAGAUGAGGUCCUCCAGUAUUAUCCACAAGGACAUCACGGGGUUGAUAAGGAUGGACGACCUGUUUAUAUUGAACAAAUUGGAAAAGUUGAUUCCAACAAGCUCAUGCAAGUCACAACAAUGGACCGCUAUGUUAAAUACCACAUACAGGAGUUUGAGAGGACCUUUAUUGAUAAGUUCCCGGCCUGUUCUAUAUCAGCAAAAAAGCACAUUGAUCAGAGCACAACUAUUCUGGAUGUACAAGGAGUGGGACUGAAAAAUUUUAACAAAGCUGCAAGGGAACUUAUCCAGCGCCUUCAGAAGGUUGAUGGUGACAACUAUCCUGAGGUUCUGGGCAACAAAUACCAAAGCAAGUUGCUUGAAAUAAUUGAUGCUAGUGAGCUACCAGAGUUCCUGGGUGGUACAUGUAAUUGUGCAGAUAAAGGUGGUUGUAUGCUUUCUGAUAAGGGCCCGUGGAAUGAUCCAGAAACAAUGAAGAUGGUUCAUAACGGCGCACACAAAUGUUCAUCAAAAUUCACCGUUGAUGAGAAGACAAUUUCAGAGGAUGAAAGUGCUAAUUUAAAGAAUGUGAAGAAGUGCAAUUCAUUCAACUCUGAAACAGACUCUCCUCGGCUUCCAAGGGAUUAUAUGGCGCAUCCACAACUCUCUCCUGUGCGUGAAGAGGUUAACAUAAGCAAAAACUGCCAUAGUGGGUAUGCGCAUGACUACUACGUUCCAAUGGUUGACAAGUCUGUGGAUGCAACUUGGCCUAAAGUGGUAAAAGACGACAGGUUUGCCCUUUCUAGAGAUUAUUAUCCUAUGCAUGAUGCUUGCAAGCCUACUACUGAAGGAAUAAGCAAUCAAAUUUUUACUGGACUAAUGGCCAUUGUUAUGGGCAUUGUCACUAUGGUUCGUAUGACGCGCAACAUGCCGAGAAAGCUUACAGAUGUCACACUCUAUUCUAGUUCAAUGUACGCUGUUGAUGAGAUGAUCAGAGGCCAAGAUCAUCCCUACAAGUUACCAGCACCCGCCAUUUCCAGCACUGACUAUUUCACCAUGAUGAAGCGCAUGGGAGAACUGGAGGAAAAAGUGAAUGUUUUAAGCAAGAAACCAGUAACAAUGCCACCUGAGAAAGAGGAAAUGCUCAACACUGCUAUGAACCGUGUUGAUACCUUGGAACAAGAACUCGCAGCAACCAAGAAGGUACUUGAGGAUGCUCUUGUUCGACAGGAAGAACUUCUAGCCUACAUCGAGAAGAAGAAGAAAAAGAAUAUUUUUGGUUUCUGAAUCAAGAACCCAGUGUACAAGUGAGAUGAUCAAAACUUAAAAGGAUGCUAGG